AUGGGCCUUAAAUCUCUACCUUCAUCCCCCAGGCCUCUCAAGCAGCUGAAGCUGGCCCUGGGUCAAGAAGAUGACUCUCCAAGCCCCAAGAGCUCCUCAGCAGACGGGUCGUCCUCUAAGACGGUGGGUCUCCUGGGGAGUCAGACUCCCCUUUCCCCCCUGAGUCGCUGGAUGCUCCAGAGUAAAAGUCGGGCAGCCAAUGCCACCUCCCUGGAGCUGCCCUACCGCUCACCCAUACCCUUCUCCAAGCAGGAGUUCUGGGAGAUGCUGGGUAGUGACCUGAUGAAGCCAGACACCUCCUCUUCCUCCCGCGUCAAACGCCGGCCCAUCGUCAAGACGGGCAAGUUCAAGAAGAUGUUUGGCUGGGGAGACUUUUACUCUAAUAUCAAGACGGUGCGCCUCAACCUGCUGAUUACCGGCAAGAUCGUAGACCAUGGCAACGGAACGUUCAGCGUCUACUUCCGCCACAACUCCACGGGCCAGGGCAACAUCUCAGUCAGCCUGGUGCCGCCGGUCAAGGCGGUGGAGUUUGACCUGGAGCGCCAGAGCGUGGUCUACCCCAAGGACUCUAAGAUCUUCAACUGCCGCGUGGACUAUGAGAAGGUGGACCGCAGCAAGCGCACGUCGCUGUGCAACUACGACCCGUCCAAGACCUGCUUCCAGGAGCAGACACAGAGCCAUGUCUCCUGGAUCUGUUCCAAGCCCUUCAAGGUCAUUUGUAUCUACAUCUCCUUCUACAGUACAGACUACCGCCUGGUCCAGAAGGUCUGCCCGGACUACAACUACCACAACGAGAUGCCCUACCUGCCCUCGGGCUAGAGGGGGACA